AAGAAGAAGAAGAAGAAGAAGAAGAAGAAGAAGAAGAAGAAGAAGAAGAAGAAGAAGAAGAUUGACGUCAUUUCCUUAAUCCCCUGCGCCAUGUUAGAUGCUAACAGCUUUAGCUAAUAUCCCAGAGCUCUAUUUCCAGACAGGGUAAGAGACCGUUGUGUUGUUGUAGUUUCAGACAGAGGAACCUGUGUUUCUGCCACUCUAACUCACGGAAAGAAGAUAGUAUUAUCCCGGAAGUAAGGGGGGGAGAAAGCGUCGUGUUUCUCUGUUUGUUCUUUUGUUUUGCAGUAGGCUAAAGUUAGCUCAGGGUUAGCUUAGCGUUAGCUCUGUCUCUCAGCUGAAAUCCACUCUAACAUGAACUGACGUCUGCAGCUUCCCCGACAGACCGUGCGGAUUAGGGAUGCAGCCGGCGGAGAGAGGAGAGGCGACGGUGGAUGUGAAGUUCACCGAGCUACCGAGCGCCCUGAUAGCCUGUAAAGUCCCGCAGAGUCUGUUCAACGAAGGCGGCGUGAAGGCGGGUUUUGAGUCCUUGUUCCGGUCCUUUGACCCAGCGGUGCAGUUCCAGUACUUCAAGUCAUUCCGGCGAGCGCGGAUCAGUUUCAGCGAUGCUCCGGCGGCGGCCGAGGCCAGACUCCGCCUCCACAAGACGGACUUCAACGGCAAAGAGAUGAGACUGUACUUCGCCCAGUCGGUGCACAUCGGGAGUCCUCGGCUGAUGCCUCCUAAACCAGAUAAACAGUUUCUGAUCUCUCCGCCGGCGUCGCCGCCCGUCGGCUGGGAGCAGUCCAACGACGCCAUGCCCGUCAUCAACUAUGACCUGCUGUGUGCCAUCUCCAAGCUCGGACCAGGGGAACAGUACGAGCUGCAGACAGCCACACCCACCACGCCGAGCGUCGUCGUCCACGUCUGCGAGGACGAGCGCGGCGGCGACACCUCCACCCCUGACGACAGUGACCCCGACGACCAGCCCCGCCCCCUGCGGCCGCGGAUCGUCCAGACGCGGCGGCCGGACUUUGGAGACAAUCAGUGAGCGCCGCCGCCAUCAGGGAGCAGGGGCGGAGACAUUCAUCCUGACGGACGGAGAGUGGGAAACGCUCUGGGAGCCCGCGGCGUCUCGGAGACCAAACAUUUCAUAUGGAGAAAAGUUAGAGACCGACGCUGCGUUCACAAACCGGGGGAAAGAGCGGAGGUAUGAACUUCGUAGAAGACAACACGGUUGUGUUUAACCUUCAGAUGAUUCAAGGAUAAAUUGUUUAAUUAGUUCAAAAUCUGCAGAAAAUAUGGAGAAGAUUCUGCUAAAAUCUGGGAAAAAAUUCUGUUAAAAUCUGGGGAAAAUGUGCGUAUUUCUGCGUCCGCAGAUUGUGUUUCCCUGCUGAUGAAAUAAUACAGACAGAUAUAGACAGAACUGAAGGAAAUACUAGUUUUGAAAUGUAGAAAAUAAUGUAAAGUGUAACGUUGUGAUUGUAGUUUUUAGGUAAAAUGGUGCUGGAGUGUAUUUAGAAAUGUGUCAUGACUUUGUGUUUGUGAGACGCUCAGCUGCAAAAACAAUAAAAUAAAGUCUGUACAAGAGCAUCAAAGAGA